AUGAAACAGCAAAAAAAAUUAGUGCUACAUUUUGAUUUGAAUAAAACUAUUCUUUUGGCAGAUUCCAAAUAUACAAAUCAAACCAAAGAAGAAUGUUUACAAGAAAUCCUUGUUGGAUAUGCAUGGGGUAAAUUAGAGUAGAGAGAUGAGAAAUCCCCAGUCCUAUGGAAAUUAUUAACAAACAACUUCACUCCAAUCAGACCUAGUGAAGAUAUGAUCUCUUAUAAGGAAUACAUAUGUGAAUAGUUUCCACUGAAAACCGAAGGAGAUCCAGAUGAUAUUACAGAAUAUAAUAAUAGUGCAAUAGAAUAACGCAAAUAAUUAUAUUUUCAGUUUGUCAAAUUAGGGUAACCAUGUAUGAAGUUGAAACCGGAAUAUGACAGGAUUGUUAAAUUGAUUACUUUGCCAAAGGCUGUGAUUGAAGAAUUAAAGCAAUAAGCUGAGGAAUUUGGUUUCUUGAAUGAAGAUGAGGUUAAGUAAAGAAAUUUAACUUAAUUGUUAUCGGACAAAGAUAUGCUAAAUAAUUUAUUUUCAGAUAAUAAAUAUUAAUUGUUACCUACAUUUUAUAAGACAAUAAUCAAUUUGAAAAAGUAGAAGAGAGAAUUUGCAGUAGUAUUUCGACCAUUUGGAACAGAUCCAAAAAACAUAUUGAGAGAGUUUAAUAAAUUUUGUUUAGGAGAACAUCCAUGUUUUAGUGGUAGAAACAAUACUCCCAUAGUUAAAUUUGACGGAUCAAAAGGGACUAAGAGUUAUAUAAUAUUGGAUAAACAAUGUGCCUUAGUUUAUAGACAAUAGAAAUAAUUAGUGACAGGAACAUUGAGAAGAACUGAUAAAUAACAAUUGGAAGAUGGAUACGAAAAGGAAUUGGAAGAAGAAUAAGUCUAAAUCUACAAUGAAACACAAAUGCUUUUAAAGAUUACUGAAUCAUUGAAGGAGAGUUGUGCUUUGUGCUAUGUUGAUGAUUAUCACUUUUAUUAAGCCUAACCAAAUGAAUAGAAUGCUAAAUAAUUGUAUGUUGAUUAAUAAGAUCCUGAUACACUUCACAUAUUUUUUGAUGAUGGAAUUCAAGAAAAUGAAAAUAACUUAGUUUAAGUGACAGACUGUGUGACAUUGGAAAAUCUAAGUAGAAAGAAGUGUUUGAAUAAGUACUUAGUACAUGUGGACAUUUUGGAUGUUAUUAAAGAUCCUGAUUACUUCAUAAAACAAAUUGAAAUAUGUGAAAGAAACAGAAACGAAGAAAUUGAAAGAAUAGAAAAAGGAAUCCCUGAAGAAUAGGCUGAAAUACCCAAGAAGAGUGAUUGGGAAUUGUUGGAAGAAUGCUCUGAUGCCGAUUACUUACGUAAGACAAUCCUGCCAUUGUUAAUGCCUGCUUUACAAUUGGUAGACAUAGAGAGACCCAAAGAUCCUCUUGAGUUUAUAGCCAUGUAUUGUUUGAAGAACAAAGAGAUGGUGAAGAUCCCAUAGCCCCCUGAAUAAUAAGAAUGA